UGCUACUCUCAGCAGUGCUCUCUGUCACUUCCCCCUCCUGAGAAGCCAUGGUUUCUGCAGGGAUAGCUGGGGCCGGCUGCACUGGGGCUCUGAUAGUGAUAAUAGCACUGCGAGUCAACAAAGCUCAUUGCACUGAACCUCCAGAGCACUUCCUGCUGCAGGAGAAUCACGAGUGUCACUAUGUGAAUGGCACACAGCAGGCGAGGUACGUGGAGCGGGUGAUCUGGGGCCAGCAGGAGAUCUGCUACUAUGACAGCGACGUGGGUUACUACGUGGCCCGCACAGAGGAGGGUCGACGGAUUGCUGAGUAUCGCAACAGGCUGGAGUACUUGAGCUUCUUGUGGGCUUCGGUGGAGAAGUUCUGCAGCUACAGCUACAGGAGGUUUAAGAGCGUUGCAAUGGACAGGAAAGUGAAGCCCAAAAUAAAAAUUUACCCCAUGAAAACGGAGUCUUCACACCCCCACAACCUGCUGGUUUGCUCCGUGACAAGGUUUUACCCCUCCGAUAUUAGGGUCAAGUGGCUCAAAAAUGGGCAGGAGCAUACAGGCAACGUUGUGUCCAGUGAGCUGCUCCCAAAUGGCGACUGGACCUUCCAAAUGCAUGUGAAGCUGGAAAUGGUCCCUCGGAGGGGAGAUGUCUAUGCCUGCCAAGUGGACCAUAUUAGCCUUCAAACUCCCAUGACCUUGCAGUGGGAAGUACAGACUUACUCUGCCAAGAGCAAAAUGAUUGCUGGAAUUGUCAGCCUGGUACUGGGGUUGAUGCUCAUUGUGGUGGGACUUGUCCUCUACCUGAAGAAUGGGGAAGGUUGCUCGUGGCCAGCUGCUGCACAAUCAUGGGAUGCUGAUAUGCAAAGUGGCAUCUCGACAACCCACCUGCUUGAAGACUGCAGCUAAGACUUCAUGGCUUGAUGGUCCUCCAAAGCACAUGACACUCAGUAUUAACAUGAGCUGCCGGGCAUUUCCCAACAGUGUCUCUUCUCUCCGUGCUCUUGUAAAGGUUGAUACGGUGCUAACUCCAGCUGGGGGAAUGGCCAUCCCUGCAAAACCCUCAGCAGUUGAAUUUCUCUUGUCUUGCACCCCCCCCCCACCCCAGCACUAACGCAACCAAUGCAUCCAAAAGAACCAUUAGAGGAACUGUGAAUUAAAGGGAAAGGAACAAACUGUUUACAGACCUGGGGUUAUCCCAGGAGCUGAUUUCAUGCACUCAUGGGGCAGAGCAGACUGGAUCCUGCUCAUGAAGAUGAGUAUGGACAGCCAGGCACUCCCAACAAGUCAUUCACUUGGCCAGGAAAGAGAGCAAUAAAUACAUGUUUAAAGGAAGGGAAUACAUAUUUUGUACUUGGAGUGAUUUAUUUACGUUCCAGAAAAAAACUGAAUAACCAAGUUAAUUAAAUAUACUCAUUAACUUGGGGUUUAAUCUCAGCUCUUUGGUAAGUUUCUGUGCUGUUGAAGCAGAUUUGCAAUUCUGUAUAUCACGACACCCAGACACUUUGGCUAAUUGGGAUGUGGCUGCCCAGCUCAUGUAAUGUGUGAAAGCCAGGUAGCAAGGCAAAUGAAAGGGGCAAAGCUGGCCUUGUGUGCCAAACAACCCAUGAGAGUAAUAACACAGAGAGAAUGUGGUUUCCCUUUUGCUGUGCUGGUUGGGUUGUUCUCACUGCUGCAGCUGUUUCCAGUUCUGGCAAUGCUUUCAGGAUCGGUAGGGGAAGGAGGCAGCUUAUCUGUUUCCUCUCUUGUUUAUAACUAGUGUGACGGGCUCACUGCUUUUGCAUGGCCAGCCCGGCUUAGAGAAGGACACUUUGGAUUGGUGGAACAUUGGUGGAGGCGCUCCCGGGCAAGGGACCCUCAGGGAGUGGGCCUAGGGGGAGAAGACCCUAUCCCAUUUGAGGGACCAAGUGGUUGGAACCCAGAUAGGGUGAAUCUAAUAUCUGGUAUAGUUAUGUUUCCUAUUCGGUAUCUAUUGUUAUUGGUGGUGUUAUAAAUAGUUGGAUGUAUUAAUUCUGUAUAGUGGGCUCUGUAAGGAUGUCUUUAUUAGCUAACCCACUUGUGCUAUAAACUUGCUGGAUUGACUCUCCUGGGAUCCACCCCUCAUCUGGGCCUUAGGCAUGGGUACUUACGCAAAUGCCCUCCCUAGGGCUGACUUCUUCCAGCUAACAGACCUUUAUAUGUAUAUUUGUAUCUAU